CGUGCUGCCGUAGCGCACGCACGCGCAUGUCGCUCGCUGUCGAAUCCGGUGAUGUGAGGUGGCCCCCGCCGCUACCGCAGCGCAGCGCGACCCCCGCGCAGUUUUCGCGAAAGAAUAAGCCAGUUGAAGGCUCGAGAGCCUUCGAGCCGGCAAGACGCCGUCCACCGUGGAUCUGAGAUACGGCGCCAUGGCGGCGACCACGUACAUGCCCGCCGAGAUGGAGCUCGGCAACAUCGGCGGGUACCACGCGGCGUCGCCGCGUAGUGCUGAGCCUGCCGACAUGAAGUACCAGCAUCCGUUGCACUCGGGCGGGUCGCCGUCCCCGGGGGCGCCCGUGAUAGGGAACCCUUGGACGUCACUGCCACCCGCCGACCCCUGGGCGAUGCACCAGCAUCACGCACACGCACAUCAACCAGACGUGAAGCCUCCCCCGGCUCCUCACGACCACCGCCACUUGCAGCAUGCGGCCCACGGCUGGCACGCGCCCGUCGUCAGCCCGCAUUACGGUGCGGGCUCGCCCGUCACACUGCAUGGAGGAUACCCAAUGCCCGUGCACCAACACCAUAUGCUCAGAGACAUCCAGCCCUCGCCGCAUCCGCUGCAUCAUCACGCCAUGGAGCGGGAUCAGCCCGAGGAGGACACCCCCACGAGCGACGACCUCGAAGCAUUCGCCAAACAGUUCAAGCAGCGCCGGAUCAAGCUCGGUUUCACGCAGGCGGACGUCGGGCUCGCGCUCGGCACGCUCUACGGGAAUGUGUUUUCACAGACGACUAUCUGUCGUUUCGAAGCGUUACAGCUCAGUUUUAAAAAUAUGUGUAAAUUAAAGCCGCUGCUGCAGAAGUGGCUCGAGGAGGCGGACUCGACGACGGGCAGCCCGACCAGCAUCGACAAAAUAGCGGCGCAGGGUCGGAAGAGGAAGAAGCGCACCUCUAUAGAGGUUUCGGUGAAAGGUGCGCUAGAGCAACACUUCCACAAGCAGCCGAAACCGUCCGCUCAAGAAAUCACGUCGUUAGCGGACAGCCUGCAGCUGGAGAAAGAGGUGGUGCGCGUGUGGUUCUGCAACAGGAGACAGAAAGAGAAGAGGAUGACGCCACCGAACACGCUCGGCGGCGAGAUGAUGGAGGGCAUGGGGCACGCACACUACGGACACGGAGACGUGCACGGGUCCCCGCUGCAGCACUCCCCGCCGGGCCUGUCCCCGCAGCACGGGCUGCCGCAGGGCGCCCACACACUGGCAGCGCACUAACAGUUCGCCCCGUGGGCGCCGCCGCGGCCCUACUAUGCGGAGCCGCACUAGCGCGCCCGCCCGCGGGAUACUCUCUGUACAUACGCGCCGCCGGCCGGGACGUGCCCGCGGCGCAGUGACCGGACGGGCCGCCGACUUUGUAAAUAGUCCGUGCGGCGAGCCCCGUCCUGUGGACUUUCGAACGCUAAGUUUAAGUUGUUCUUUAUAAUUUCAGUGAAGUCAUUGAUUAAAUAUGUGAGUAAUGUUAAGAUCGAAGCCAGUAAUCGUUUGUAACCUCGGAGCCGCAGUGAUCGCCGACGACGUUUAGCUAGAUAGUCUAAUUGAUAAAUAAGAGCUUAAAUCGGAGGUGGAUCCCGGCGCCGCUCACGCACCCUCGCCGCGCGCGCCCUCGCUCCACAUCGUCGUGCGGUAAGUACGACGACACACAACACGUACACUAUCGACACCGAGCCGGACGCGAACCGGCCGCGAACCGGACGCGAGCCGGACGCGACCGGCGAGGAGUGCGGAGCGCCAAACAGUUUUUGUAAAGGACGAUUUCAUCGAAUUUAUUUAUAGAUAUUAUAAAUGAACGAUGUUCAUGCGAGCCUACCUGUCGUAGGGAGUCAUUGUGGUGUGGAUUAAAUUUAAAUUGUUGCUACUGUAAAUUUACGAUUAGAGACGAGAGUAAAAAAUACGAAUCGGGUCGAAGCUACGUUUUGUAAGGGAAUACGAGUGAGUGAAUAGGUGCAAUUUUUAUUUUAAGUGUUUAUCGAAUCUAUGUGAGCGUAGAAGUCGCGUCUCGCGGGCGCGGUGCGUGCUGUUAGUGUUGUCCGCCACGCGUCCGUCCGCGCGUGCUCACCCGCGCUCACCGGCGCUCACCCGUGCUCAGACCAACCUACGUCCCACGCAUAAUUUAUUUAAAACAUUAUAUUCAAAAGAUGCAGACACGAUGCCAAAAUGGUUUUAUUCCUGUUUUUUACUUGUUUUGUUGUUUUUCUUUUUUAAUAAUUUUUUCGUUUGUAUGUAUUUGUGGCCAAUCUUGGUACUUAAUUUGUAAAAAUAGGUAUUUUUUCUAUAUAAAAUAAUGUACCUACAACGUAUAUAUAAUGAUAUAUAUUAAAAAAGUUCUUUAUAGAAAUUCAAACAUGGAAAAUGACUUUUAUUGAGAUACGACAACCUUUGUUUCGCUUUAUUUUAUUUAAAAAAAUCACGUGUUGGUGUUUUUGAUUGUUUGUUAGAGAAGCAGAGUAAAUCGUAAACUUAUAAUUACUUACGGAUUCUUAUUAAUAUUAUAAUUUUGACGAACACGAAUGCUAAGUGUCGUUGUUUAAUCUUGUUUUUGAUUAUUAUUAAAUGACAAAGGUAAAUAGUGUAAAUAUAAUGGAUAAAAGGGAGUUAGGUGUGCGAAUUAGAAAUACAACUUAGCCGUAUUAAUAUUUUAUAUUAUCGUCUAAGUAUUUAAAUAAAACAGAGUAAAUAUUUUAAAAAAUA